AUGUCUGAGAGACAACCGUCUAUCGAGCCCUCUGCUAUGAUGACCAGCAGCGCGGAUCGUAUGGCUGGUGAUGACCAUGCCGAAGUGCGCUACUUCACUAGCUACGAUCACCAUGGCAUUCACGAGGAAAUGCUUAAAGAUGACGUUCGCACGAGAUCGUACCGUGACUCCAUCUACCAGAACCGCCACGUUUUCAAGGAUAAAGUCGUUCUCGAUGUCGGGUGCGGAACCGGUAUUCUCAGCAUGUUCGCUGCUAAGGCCGGUGCUAAACAUGUAAUUGGUGUCGAUAUGUCGUCAAUCAUCGAAAAGGCUCGCGAGAUCGUCGAAGUCAACGGCCUGACCAGCAAGAUCACUCUUCUUCAGGGAAAGAUGGAGGAAGUUGAACUCCCCUUCCCCAAGGUCGACAUUAUCAUCUCUGAGUGGAUGGGAUACUUCCUUCUUUAUGAGAGCAUGUUGGACACUGUUCUUUAUGCGCGCGACAGGUACCUCAACCCCGGAGGCAAGAUCUUCCCCGACAAGGCUACCAUGUACGUGGCUGCUAUUGAGGAUGGUGAAUACAAGGACGACAAAAUCGGAUUUUGGGACAAUGUGUGGGGAUUUGACUACAGUCCCAUGAAGGAUAUUGCCCUUACAGAGCCCCUCGUCGACACCGUCGAGCUGAAGGCUGUUGUCAGCGACCCUUGCCCGAUCAUCACUCUCGAUCUUUACACCGUCAAGUCCUCGGACCUCGCUUUCAAGGCUCCCUUCUCGCUCCCGGCCAAGCGCAACGACUUUGUCCACGCUCUGAUUGCUUGGUUUGACAUUGACUUUACCGCAUGCCACAAGCCUAUCAGCUUCUCCACUGGCCCUCAUGCCAGGUACACCCACUGGAAGCAGACUGUCUUCUAUUUGCGUGAUGUCCUUACCAUGGAGGAGGGAGAAGUGCUCACCGGUGUGCUUGAGAACAAGCCCAACGACAAGAACAAGCGUGACCUCGAUAUCACCAUCAAUUACAGAUUCGAAACCACGGAUCCUGUGCGUUACGCCGAGAACGGCUGCUUCUACCGGAUGUGCUAA